AAUGUACCUCGCAAUUUCUGAAACUUGAAAGUACUACGAUAUGGCAGAGCAGAUCGAGAAGGCUUACCAGAAACAACACUUGUUCCAAAACGUCAAAGCUCGUGGGGGGAAAAAAUUGUCUGCUAAAGACAAACGAUGGUAUAAGGACGUAGGGCUUGGUUUCAAAAUACCAGUUGAAGCGGCUCAAGGAACCUAUAUCGACAGGAAAUGUCCUUUCACUGGUGAUGUUUCAAUACGUGGACGUAUUUUGACCGGGAAGGUCGUAUCUACAAAAAUGACGAGGACCAUUAUUUUACGCCGAGACUACCUCCACUACGUUCCCAAAUAUAGUCGUUAUGAAAAGCGACAUAAAAACCUCGCAGCCCAUGUUUCCCCAGCAUUUCGCGCCGAGCUCGGUGAUAUUGUCACAGUUGGACAAUGUCGCCCACUGUCCAAGACUGUGCGUUUCAAUGUUCUUCGAGUGUCAAAAAAUAAGGCUGCGGGGAAGGCAUUCGGAAAAUUUUGAACAAUCACUGAGUUAACACUGAUCUGCAUUAUUUUCCGAAACGUCACAUAACAAGUAGUUAUACUUUAGUCAACCUUUUUUGAUAUGAAAGUUGCAGACGUCUUAAUCCACUGGGAGAAUGUUUCACA